AUGUCAACAGAUACCAAACCACGAAGAGUCUUGAUAGGCUAUGACCACACAGAGGUAUCCAAUGCAGCCAUGGAGUGGAUCAUCAACAAGAGAGCUGUGUUUGCUGAUGAUGAAAUUACUCUGGCCAUCAUCGUCAAUGAUGAUGCGAUAGCUGUUGAAGGCACAUUUGGCUUAGAAGCAGCGGUAGCAGGUCCUGCAGGUUGGCUUGCAGAUGACUACAGAGAGCGCGUAUCCAAGGUAGAGAGAGAAUCAACAGCUGCAUUAAACGCUGUUGUGGAGUGGUUUGCAAGUAAAGGAAUCACAGUGAUCCCCAGAAUACUUAGCGGCGAGCCAGGAGAGACUUUGAAGGACUUUGCAGAAGCAAACAAAGUGGAUUUGGUGAUUGUGGGUAGUCGAGGAUUGGGCUUCUUCAAGAGACAAUUUAUCGGCUCUGUAUCUGAUUAUUUGAUUCAUCAUUUAAAGUGCUCUGUGCUAGUAGUGAAAGACGAUUGCCAUUCUGUGAAUAACGAUAAGAAAUAA